AUGCAUGAUUUUCACUUCCGAGUCAGAUUACUGAAAUUCAGGCGUCGUAUAUUCUGUCGUCUGUUUGAUGAGGAAAUGCAGGAAGUGUUGCCAGCUGGUCAGUCAGUCGUCUUUCCAGAGUUUACAGUACGGUGUCCGCCGAGUGACAAAGCGCGAUUCGUGGCCUUGUCUUUAAACGCCGAUGACCGCGUACCACAGCAAGAUAUGCACGGAAUUCGGGUUGAAAAUAAAGGCAGGAAGGAUUUCCUUAGCGUGUGCUUGGCACCACUAUGGGGAAGCGCUCCCAAAUGGUUGCUGCUUAUUGAAUUCAUAGAAUACUAUAGAUUGCAGGGUGUCGAACAUUUCUACAUCUAUAGACAGUCUGUUGAUAACUAUACAGCAAUGAUACUGAAUAACUACGAGAUGGAAGGAAUCGUUGAGGUGGUGAACGUCAGUGAGACCACAAACUGUCUGAAGAGGCAUAGGUGUCGCCAUGAAAUGCAACUUCAGGACUGUGUCUUUCGAACGCGUGGUCGAAGCGAUUGGGUGGCCACGGUUGAUCUCGAUGAGCGAAUCAAUAUCAUUCGGGGGACGACAGUCAGGAAAUAUAUCGAGCAAGUUUUAUCCAAAUAA